GUAACCGCUGCAGCAUCCUCCCAGCCGUGUGUGUGUGUGUGUGUGUGUCUGCGUGUGUGUGUGUCGGCGGAGUGUGUGAGCACUUAGCACCGGGCGCCCUGAGCCAGAAGGGAUCCGUGUGUAGAGGAGAUCUCUUCUGUGUGCGCCCCUGCGAGUGUGUGAGUGAGUGUGUGUGCGUGUGUGUGUGAGAGACAGGACAUCGGCGGUCCCUCCGACGAGCGGGCUAGCGCGCGCACGCGCGGGUGUGUAUGUGUGCGUGAGACGACGUCGUCUUGGAUCCUCGCUGACCGGACCCCUCUGUCUCAUGGAACCGGCUGGGCUCAUCUGACUGUGAGGACCGAGCGUCUAGACUUGGGAGACGUAGAGAGAGACAGGCGGAGGAACGGACACGCAGACAGGCAGUCGUUGGCGUGCGACGAUCGGCUUCCCGAUGGGCUAGAAGUGUCUCCUCCGCACAGGACACUGUAAAGCCCACAUCGAACCCACCGAAUUCAGGACAGACAGCCAGACGCGCAGGGCAAAAAAAAAAAAAAAGGACUGACUGUUUUUUUUUGGGGGGUGUUUCGGAUGCGCCGCUUCUGCGUGGACUAGAAGCAAGGUCUUCCGUCCUCCUCCUCCCUUCUCGUUUUUCGGCGGGACAUUGUUUAGCGAAGAGCCGAUCCUGGAGCGCAGCGAGAGACCCAGGGCCUGACGGGACGCUAGGCAGCAUGGCUCGUCUCAACUGGUGCCUGGCUGCUGUCAUCAGCUGGGGCAAGUUCCUCUUCUCCUGCUUCUUCCCGCUGCGGGGGUCCAACAAAGACAAGGCCGAUGACUUGGAGAGUGUCCACACACACACUUUCAAGCUAAAGCCCUUCAAGAAAGUCAAGAGCUGUGAUGUGUGCCAACAGGCCAUCACCAAGGAGGGGCUCAUCUGUAAAGUGUGCAAGCUGGGCAUCCAUAAGAAGUGUGAGGUGAAGGUUCUCGCUGAUGCAUGCUUGGCACCUACUGGAUCACCCACCAAGCCGCCGUCUACUGAUCCUCCUUGGAAGUCACUGGCUUCGCUUAAUUCCCGGCCUGCCACUCCUCAUCUGCCACUGAAGCAUGUAGAGACUCCGGGAACCCCGAGGUCCUGUAAGAGUGAGCAGACUAGACGGAGGUCAUCGCGGAGUAUCAGUCUGCUGCAGGCCAUGGAGGAGAACUAUGAAGUGGACCUGGUGUACAUCACCGAGCGGAUCAUCUCCGUCUCCUUCCCAAGCGGGGCUGAGGAGCGCAGCUAUGCCUCCAACAUCAAGGAGGUGGCCUCCAUGCUGGGAUCCAAACACGGGGAACACUACCUGCUCCUCAAUCUGAGCGAGCGAAGGAACGACAUCACCAAACUGAACCACAAGGUACUGGACUUUGGCUGGCCCGACCACCAUGCUCCGGCCCUGGAUAAAAUCUGCAGCAUGUGCAAAGCCAUGGACACCUGGCUCAACGCCGAUCAGCACAAUGUAGUGGUCCUGCACAACAAGGGAAACCGAGGGAGGACAGGAGUAGUGGUGGCUGCCUACAUGCAUUACAGCAAUAUAUCAGCCAGUGCUGACCAGGCCCUGGACAGGUUUGCCAUGAGGAGAUUCUACCAAGACAAAGCACUUCCUGUGGGUCAACCAUCCCAGAGAAGGUACAUUCGUUACUUCAGCGGGCUGCUCUCCGGCAACAUCAAGAUCAACAACAAGCCCUUGUUCCUGCACCAUGUCAUCAUGCACGGAAUCCCUGACUUCGAGUCCAAAGGAGGCUGUCGUCCCUUCCUGAAGAUCUACCAGGCCAUGCAGCCAGUCUACACGUCAGGGAUUUACAACGUGCAGGGAGACAGCCACACCAGUAUCUGCAUCACCAUUGAACCUGGCCUGCUCCUGAAGGGGGACAUUCUGUUGAAGUGUUACCACAAGCGCUUCCGGAGUCCCAAUAGAGAUGUGGUGUUCAGAGUGCAGUUCCACACCUGUGCCAUCCAUGACCUGGGAGUUGUUUUCGGCAAGAAUGAAUUGGAUGAGACCUUCAAGGAUGAGAGAUUUCCAGAAUAUGGGAAGGUGGAAUUUGUUUUCUCUUUCGGACCAGAGAAAAUCAAAGGUACAGGAAUGGGCCACCUCGAGAAUGGGCCACAAGUGUCGGUGGACUACAAUACCCAAGACCCCCUUAUUCGCUGGGACUCCUACGAGAACUUCAACAGGGGCUGCGAGGACACAGGAGAUGGGAUCCAGCUUGGGUUUUGGAGUGAGGGUUCAAGACCGGUCGCUAGCUGCUUGUUGGCCCACCUCAACGUCUCUUCACCAAGGGACGUGGUUCACACCCAAGGUCCCCUCGACGGCAGCCUGUAUGCCCGAGUCCGCAAGAAAGACUCCCUCGAGGGUGUGGUCACCAUCAAUGGCCUCCCCGUCCACGAUCACCCCCUGACCAACGCGGACCCCGCCCUUCAGCAUCCAGACCACACCCUCCCGACUGUUGACCACACCCUCCCGGUGGUGGGCCACGCCUCCCUGCCCACGGUUGACCACGCCCUGUCGGUCAGCAGUGACUCAGGGAACUCGACGGCGUCCAUCAAAACCGACCGCACGGACGACCACAGCCAGUCACUGCACGGAGCGGUGAACGCCAACCAGAACCACAACACCCCCAAUCACCCUCUUCUCAGUCCCCAGGAGAGAAGGGAACUGGACCAGCUUCUGAGUGGCCUGGAGACCCCUAUGCCCCACCGCCAGGGUUACCUGGCUACCUCCACCAGCCCCGGGGGAGGAGUGCGCCACCUUGUCCCAGCCCAGGUGCACGUCAACGGGCACACGCGGCUCAUCGCAGCCCCCUCCGUUGAGGAGCGCGAGACGGACAUCUUGGACGACGAACUGCCCGUCAGUCAGGAAGGCAACAGUGUGGACAGCCUGGGAACACUCUCCUCACUAGAAGGCCAGGCCACGCCCGGUGAGCUGUACUACCAAUCAGAAACGCCUGUUAACCGGCAGAACGACGGACCGUACCUGGAGAAGCUGCGGGAGAUGCCGGUGCACCGGGUACGAACAUCUACGUCGGCGCAGGAGAGGAUCAUGGACUCCAGUUCGCCCCAGGAGGAUGGUUACUCUCCUAACAGUUUCCAGAACGGGAGUCUGAACUGCUCCCAGUCAUUCGGGAUCCCUGAGCCGAGUGGCCCCAAGUCGCCCGGGGCCCCUGAGCCAGGGGGCCCCAAAAUGCCCAGGGCCCCGGAGAGGAGCACCAGUAGCAGGGAGGCGGUCCAGAGGGGAUUGAACACGUGGCACCAGUACAGCCUGCCGGACGACCCCUUCGGCCCCCCGCUGCAGAGCACCCACAGCCUGCCCGACUUCCCCCCCACUGUAUCGCAGCACGACAUUGAGCGUUCCAUCGAAGCCCUCAACAUGCUGAUGCUGGACCUUGACCCUCAUACGGGACAGUUGCCCAAGUCAUACAGUGCCCCAUCGGGUGAGAAUAGCAUAGGUGGAGCAUCUCCGGCCCCCUUCUCCCAGUCCCUGGCCAGGCCGUCGUACCAGGCGGACUCAGCCAUCCAUGGCUACAACAUCAACGACAACGCCUUCGGAGAUCCUUUGAGGUUGACGGCGGGCCGGGUGUCAAUGUCGCCCGUCCAGAGCCCCGUGGCAGAAUCUCCUGUGUUGUACGCUCCCCCGAGGUCCACUUCGUACCAGCCGCAUACCAACACCACCCCCACACACACCCCCGAGCCCUACCACACACGCCCGGCCCAGGGGCCUGGUUCUCCGCUCUGCCCUUCUGACCCUUCCCCCACCUUCGGACAGCUCCAGCUAAAGCCCCUGAACUCCUAUCCAGGUGGGACCGUUGGGUCCCAGUCCCCUGAGUUGCAAGGGGUGUCUCCCUACCCGGGCUACAGCGCCUCCUCAUCCCCACUCCCCAACUCCUCCCCCCAGCCCAAGGACCCAGAACCGAAAGAUGAGAACCUCAACCUGGAGGGCCUGGUGGCUCAUCGCAUAGCUGAGUACAACGCUCGUAUUCGUGGCAUCAGUGAUAGCAUUACCACCACACCACAGCCUGACCACCGUCGAUCCUAUUCCUUCUCUGGGAUGCGUUCCCGUGGCAUUUCGCCGGAGGAGGCUCAGGAGACUGUCCGCCGUCGGACCACCAGUGAGGGGCAGUACCAAAGCGGACACGGAGACCCUCUGUGCCACACGGGGGCGCCGCUGCGCUCCCCUGUCCAUUCCUCAGACGUCCAUAAUCUCAACCCUGGAGGAAGACCCAGAGAGGGCCCCAUGCACAGCUACUUGGCGGCGUAUGAGGAUGACGUUGACGCUGGUGCUGCUGUCAGUCCUACGCUCAGCGGCGGCGGUGAGGUCUACCCCCUGACUCCUGCCUUCCCUGUCUCACCUCAGACCCCUUAUUUCAACAUGUCCUGUUCCCCUCUGGGCUUGGCCAAAAGCCCUCCUGCUCUAGGACUGAAGCCCCACAAUCCAUCAGACAUGCUCCACUGUGGAUCAGACUCUGAAUCUUUAAGUGAUGGGGAGCAAGACGGUGGUAGUUAUGGUGGACAUCUCUUUAACGCUCCCCAAACUUCCAGUAGCCCUAUUCACAGUCCGGACGGUGCAAGGACAGGUUCCUCGGUUCGGCCCUUGGCUGACUCCGGCUUCAUCUCCCACCAAUCGGAGAGCGCUCAGCACACGCCUGCCUCGUCUUGCGGGCCCCCCUCCCCCGAGGGUUGCCAGGUCAGCAUCGUGGGCCCCCUCCACAUGGUCCCUGGAAGCCCCAACACCCUCCAUCGGACGGUGGCCACCAACACACCGCCAAGCCCCGCCCUCCAACGGCGCCUGGGCAGCCAGGCCGGUCCAGGUUUGGCUCGCCACCCCGCGUCGUCCAAUGGAAACAGGGAUCAAGUCCCCGGUAGCCCUGUGGUCCACCCGAGAGGUUCCAGAACCACCGGCAUCCCUCCUAGCCCUUUGAUGGGGCGCCACCCGAUGUCCAGCGGCCACGUCACCCCCGACGACAGACAGGGGGCGGCACCUACGCCAUCGUUCCCUGUGUCGCCCCAGCCAAUGCUUCCAGAGAAGAGGCGGAUGCCAAGCGGUGAGAGGUCCGGUGGGGGGCUGUCGUACGGUACCCUGGAUGGGAAAAACAUCACCUCCACCUUACCCAGUGGCACGCCCAGCGCGUCCGGCUCUAAUACUCUAACAGACCUCUCAAAAUUCUCCAUCUACGACCAGAGUCCAGACAUUCGGCUGAAUGUGAAGUUUGUCCAGGACACGUCUAAGUUCUGGUACAAGCCAGAUAUCUCCAGAGAGCAAGCUAUUAGUCUGCUGAAGGACAGGGAGCCUGGAGCCUUUGUCAUCCGGGACAGUCACUCCUUCAGAGGGGCCUAUGGUUUGGCCAUGAAGGUGGCCUGCCCCCCUCCCACGGCCCAGGCAAACAAGAAAGUCGGUGACAUCACGAGCGAGCUGGUGAGGCACUUCCUGAUCGAGACGAGCCCCAAAGGCGUGCGUCUGAAGGGCUGUCCCAAUGAGCCGUACUUCGGGUGCCUGUCUGCCCUGGUGUACCAACACUCCAUGACCCCUCUGGCUCUGCCCUGCAAGCUCAUGAUCCCCACCAAAGACCCCAAUGAGGAGGCCCAGGAGUUGGCCACUCCCACUGACACAGUGGCUGACCUGGUGAAACAAGGGGCGGUAACAGAGCAAAAAGUCCCAGAAGAGAGCCAUGCAUGCAACGUUCUUUAUAUCAACUCAGUUGACAUGGAGUCUCUGACCGGGCCUCAGGCCAUUGCCAAGGCGAUCAGCGAGACACUGGCCGUCAACCCAUUGCCAGCGGCAACCACCGUCCACUUCAAAGUGUCGUCGCAAGGCAUCACCCUCACUGACAGCCAGAGGAAAAUUUUCUUCCGCCGGCACUACCCUAUCAACUCUGUUACUUACUGUGACAUCGACCCCCAGGACAGGAAGUGGAGUAAGGAAGGAGGCGGAACUGCAAAGCUUUUUGGUUUCGUGGCACGUAAACAAGGAAGCACAACGGACAACGUGACCCACCUUUUUGCCGAGCUGGAUCUCGACCAGCCUGCUUCAGCCAUCGUCAGCUUUGUCUCCAAAGUCAUGAAGCGAUGAGGACGACCUACCACCGCCAGCCAUGUUGAUUAUUAUAACUGUAUUUUUUCUCUCGCAAAAGGAUGUUAUUUUUCACGUUCGAUUUUUGAUUGUAUUUUAUUCUAUUUUGCCAUACUUUUUGUUUGACUCUUUUCUCUUUGCUUUAUUCUAUGAGAUUUGAGAUUUUAUGUUUGAAGGACUUGGAAGUUCUCCAAAAUGGUAUCAGAGGAAGUUGCAGCUGGAGUGGAAAUAGUGAUGACGUAAAUCGAGGCUGGUGGAGGAAGAUGUUUCCAUGGGGUACCUGUGGAUGAGGAGGAGCUGUGUGCUAAGUUAACAAAAGUCUAGAGGAGUCAAGCAAAGUUCAGUGGGAGAAAAGGACACUGGCAUUCAUCAGGUUUUUGGAUUUACCAAAGGUAACCAUCAAAACAAAUACAUAAUUAUUAGAUGGUCAGUGUAAGGCAUUGUAUGUUUUCUUCAUUGUUUUUUAUGAUGGGACUGUUGAUAUGAAACAGACAAAUAGAAAUAGAAAGAAUGCUUUCUUUGUGAACUUUCUUCUGUCUUUGAAAAAAAAAACUUAGCCGCAAUGGCUUCUUACAAAAUAAUACCUUAUAAGAGAUUUUGCAUGUUAGCUCGAUCUUUAAGCUUGGUCCUUAUUCCUUCCACUCAAGUCAUUUGUGAUCCCUCAAGUGGACAUUUUCCGGGACUGUUGUAUGUAGGAAAGGGCUCAACCGCGGAAAAAAAAGAAAAAGAAACCGUUUUCACAUAACAGGUCGAACUUCUCACAACACUCAUCACUUACUUUAGGUCCAGACAUGCACAGUCAAAUCCUGGAGCGCACUGAUUAAUCGGACUGACGGAGAUCAGUUUCUCAAGCCUGCGGGGGAGGUAUUUGGUGAAUCUACAGCUGUCCCACCUGGUUCUGAGUUUAGCUUUAGACUGGGACCUCCUGUACACACAAUGGCGGAGAUUAUUCAACUAAAUCCUGCUUUGAUAAGACAGAUCAUCACCUGCCCGCUGCUCAAAGACACUGCUACUGAACACACUGGAAAUGAAUGCCGGGGCUGGUCCGAGCCCUGGGCCCUAUGCACUGUCCUGCAUGUUUUAGUCCAAUUGCACCCUCUCUCUAAGCUGCGUUCACAUCUCCAAAACGUCCAUUCUACGCUGUGUGCUCUAAACACUUUAACCCUAAGACAAGAACACUACGGUUGUCUGACCUGUCAGAGAAUGCAUGAUAUUAUACACCAUUUUUUUGUAUCGUUCUCGGGAGUCAAAAAAAACGAAGCGAGAACCAUUUGAUGACCUUUCGUUGAAGUAGUUACUCAGCGGUGAGAUGCAAUAUUUUAACUCUUUUUAUUUUUUUCUUCCAUCCUGAAACGGGGGUUUCCUUGUACCAUGCAAGGUCUUGUCUAACUGUUUUAACACGAGGUGAAUUUGCAUCUAGAUGCCUUUAGAUAAAACAUAGAGGUCGUCUGUCACACUGUGUGGAAAUGCCUGCUUUUCAAACACACCAUUCACCUAUCUUCCGUAAACGAAAGGAAAAAUUAUUGACAGGACAUGUAUAUAGAUAUAUUAAUUUGAAAGGUGACAUAGCUAAAAAAAAAUAUUUAUUUUUGUUGCUUUGUUCCUCCAUGAUAACUCAUAUAUACAUAUUGUACAGUCUACAUAAAGAAGAAUAUCUAAAGGGUCGAGGGAAAAAAAACUUAUUUUGGCUAACGAUUUCAAAGUCGGAAGAUUUUAAAAGGCUUUUGAAUAUAUAUGGUGUACAUUACUCUGUACUUGUGUGUUUGUUCCAGAUAGUCAUGAUUCUUGUUUUGCAUUCUCAGAGAUUGAGGUGAGGCAUGUAUGGGAUGAAAGCAUACUGUAUGAUUUUAACAGCAAAAAUGCAUGGACAAAGCAGUCCAGGUGGUGUACCAUAACAUAAUGUUAAUGUUUGUCUUAAACAUUGCCAUAACCCAGUGAAAAGGUUUAUAGACUUAUCAUAUGAGUCACAUGGCAAAGGUUGGCAGUUCUAGGGUCAGCACUUAAUAUGGAUUCGCCAUAUUAUGAGAAUAGGAAGUGUUCUUAAAAAAUAUCAAACUUUUAUAAAGAAGGGAAGCAUGAGGACGUUGAAUUUAUAAGCCAACAUUAAAUGCAAUAUGUAACAAAUAACGUGCACCCAUCUUUACGAUAUUAUGAUUUGCCAAAGAUUCAACCAUAUGACUUUGAGGGUGUCUACAUGUUUUACCUUUUCCAAGAUAAUUGUGAUGCUAAGCUGAAUGAAUUCAUAUUGUCAUUAAUGUGAUUUGCUGUCGUUAAAUAUGCAGACCUACAUCACACUAACACCACCAUGAUAGCUUAUCUACCAGAUGUUUCUCUCUCUCUGUCUCUCUCUCAUUCUUUCUCCCUGUCUUUCUCUUUCCAUAGCAGCUGAAUGGAAUUAAGUAGUGUUACCCCAAUUAGAAAAACAAGGCACUUAUACAUGGAAUAACACAACUAUAAAAACAGAUGCAAGCAAGCAAAAAAUGACUUCAUAUAAUUUCAUAUGAAUGUCUGUGAUGAAAGGCAACAUUUCGUCGAUUCUUCAGAGCUGUUCAAUUUUAGCUACUACUUAUAGCUAGAGAUCUCCUCAAAAGUAACAUGGUUUAUUUAUUCUCUUCUUAUUUAUUCUUUAUUCGCUGGUAUGUUUGUUUAAAAUAAUCCUCAACAUUUCAAGCUACAUGACCGCUGUUGUCAGUCAGUGUUAAUUAAUGAAAAAGGAAUGUAUUUUUGUGUACAGCUGUGUGGAGGAGAUCUGUAUGGGACUUACCUGAAUGUGUGAAUGUGCUAAGGAUGUAUAGAAGGGUCUUGUGUUUUUUCAUUUGCAUUAUACUGUCAUGGCUUACCUGUUUCUGAGGAGAAAAAAUACAUUAAAGCAAUACAAAUCAGUUACAGUAAAACA